AUGGACAAAGAGCCUCGGAAUGUGGACUGCAACGGAAGCGGGCGGUCAAUCAUUCCCAUUUACAGUGGCGAUCAGUAUCUCCUUGGUGGGAGAGAGGACGAGGUGAAACACGAUUUAGAGAAUCCAUCUCCUUCGUUGGGGAGCAGGGUUACCGAGGUGUCUCAGGGCCCAGCUGCAGGUAAUGUUGACAUCUUCCGUUACCCAACUUCAGACGUCAACUACCCGGCAGCCACUUCUUUGCAGCCCUUGUUUGAGCACACGGGCACCGUAAUGCAGCAGUGCACCGAUUGGCAGCAUUACGUUGUCAGUGAGUAUUGCGGCUUUCUAUUACUGCCCUUUCUCAGCUGCAAUUUCCAACAUUGA